CCCCAACCCUUAAUAUGUCAUGACCUUCGGUGGCACGGGUUUGUGUCGAGAUUGAUCUUCUUAAGGAUCAUCCCCAUCCGAAUCUGAUUAUGUGUUGAAGGCAAAUCAUAUUUCCAAUCAGCCCCGUAUGAGAAUAUGCUUCUAUAUUGAGUCGAUUGCAAAAAGAUUGGGCACGAUCUCAAUCCUUGUCGAUACAAUAAGGCAGUGGUGACGCAACAGAAAAUUGAUUCAGCGCAUCUCACUAGGCAGCAAUCGGAUAAGCAAGCAUUGCCCAAACAGGAUCCGAAAAAGGGAGGAAAUCAUGCCUCUUCUUCUGUCGAUGUCAAUCCGAUGCCCAUCUGGCCAUCAAAACAGCCGGCCAAUCCACCAUCCACUACUUUUUCAAAGCCGCCGUUGCAAAACAAGGUUGCUGAAUCAAAUCAGUCGCCUUCAGAAGAUGCGCCACUGUUCCUGCUUUCAGCUACUAAUGAUGCUAACGUCGCAGCCUCCUUUGCUAUUGCUGCAACCCCUUCCAACGCAACAAACCCAGACUUCACAACUGAUCAAACCCAGCCUGCUGCAACACUCCCCAACCACCGGAAGGAUCGAACUUUGGGUUUAACAGUCACGGAUAAGAUUGGGAUUCCAGUUGACAUCCAUGAUAGCCCGCCACUACCCAUGAUUUCUGAACAACUGGAGGUCGAAGAAACUCCCGAUGAAGUCGUUGUUGAACAAGGAAUUUCUGUGCACCCCACAAUGAAAGAGAACCCGAUGAUUCCAGAUCAACAAAAUUCUUCUAAUCAGUACGCCUCUCAGGAAGAUACCAAUGAUAUGGAGAAUCAAUCUUCAGAUUCAAUCGUCGCUACCAGCGGUCUAAAUGAUGCUUCAAAUGGUUCUGAUGACGACGACUUUGAUAUGGAAUACGCAAUGGAACAAGAAUCCUUUUACAGUAAAGUUUCUGCUCCAAUCUAUCACAAUCAUUCGAAAAAAGCCAAGGCUAAAAAGAAGGUGAGUCAUGGAUCCAUGCCUCUGCUAGUUGUGUUGGCUCCGAACGUGUCGGCAAAGGGCCAAGACGUAUCGGACAGACCAUUAGAAGGUGGAUUUGUCUCACGCUUCAACGUCUUGCAUGAUUUGAAGGAGGAUAAUGAUGAAGAUGAAAAAGAUAUGGGAAGAUUCAAUACUGAGGAUAAUAUGGAUGGUGAUCGUGCUAAAGGGAUGGUAGCAUUGGAGGUAGAAUCUGACUCAGAUGUGGACGAGAUUCGCAUUACGAUGUCGAUUGCAGAGAGAACAUGA